UAGUGAUGGAUCAAAAUCCUAUAUUUCCAUCUUCUACUACCACAAUUGAAGCAACAGAAUUACAAAUGAAUCCUGCACUUACUGAUGGUGAAAAUAUAGCAUUGACUGAUAACAUCAAUUUAUCACAUGGCAUCCAUUCGCAUAUUCGAUCACAAAACGAGAAUGAGAUAAUCGUUGACACAAAUGCAAAAACAACAAAAAUUAGCAGCACAAUGGCAUCCAUUCGCAUAUUCGAUCACAAAACGAGAAUGAGAUAA